AUGGAGUGUGGACGGUGCCCAGCCAGUGCUGGGAAAGCUCCAGUCCCCGGAGAGGGAGGAGCCGCUCCCCAGGUGGGGCAGGUGGGGCACCUGAGCUCAGGUGUGCCCCGGGCUCUGGGAGGUGACUGCUCCCUGGCUGGUGCCAACAAACCAAAGCGGACUCUUGGCCCCAGGAUACAGCUCUGGGAAACUGCUUUUGUCUCACAGACUCUGCCUCGGAGGAAGGCCAUGGAAGGGGAAGGGUUAAGAAACUUCAAGGAACUUCGAGCCAAAUUUCAAAAGUUUGACAUGCCAUUGCCUCCAGGACCUAUUAAAUUCUCAGCGGGUGUUUCUCAAAAGGGUGACAUUGGAAACACACAGUCAACAAGAAUUUUGGCCAAUGGGAAAUCCCUCUCAUCCAACCACAGUUUGCUCCCACUACAUUCUAGUGCUGAAUCCCAGCUUCUUAAAGACCAGGAAACGAAGCUGGCCCAGAGAAGUGAGAUUCAGAAAUGUUCGAAUUCCCCAGGACAUCUGGAAAGGUCCUCUGGUCCUGUAGUAAAUUCCCAGAAAAGUUCUCCACUGUUAGACAGGAACUCGUCAAAUGCUGAGAUAACCAACAAGAGGAGAGUCACAGUGAAUGAUAGCUUCAAAGAUAAGCUCUGGAACUGGGAGAAGUUUUCAUCUCAAAAAAGUGAGUCGUCUUCAGCCUCUCUCCUUGCCAGGUGUGCUUGCAGGAUCUGCCACGCAGAGGAGCAGAAAAGCAGAGGGCUUCUUCCAAAGGAGCCCAGGAUAAUGCUGGAAAUAAAAGGAACACAGACCUUGCCUUCCCAGAGGCAUUUAGUGGCUCAAAGAGAAUCACUUACCUUUCCUGAAGAUCCCACUUUUCUACUUUUUCAACAUGGCAAGAACCUAGAAAACCCUCUUCCUGAGAAGAGCCCAGUGAGGGGCUCCUGCCAGCUUGUCUAUGAGAGUGAACUUUCCAGUCAGGCCCCAGACUCAGAGAAACAGUCUGUUGAUAAGCAUCAACAACUUCUCAAAACGAAACCACUGCCUUCCAUCGAGUCCCUGGGGCCUCCUCCCCCAAAGCCUCCAAAACCCCCAGUUGUGAAUCUCCAGGCCUUCCAGAGGCAGGCAGCUACAAUUUCUAAGACCCACACAGAAGCAGCUGUGGAAGAGGGCUGCCUGCCUCCAGAGAGUGCUGAAUUUGAAGAGCCACAUAAUUAUGAGGCAACAAUUUCAUAUCUGAAACACUCUGGCAACUCCAUUAACCUGUGCACCGCAAAAGAAAUUGCUGAUUCAACUUAUGAAGUCGAAAUUGAAGAACCCCAAAAGCCUUGGAAGAAUGGUCUCCAUCAAGAACUUAGCCCUAAAUAUGAAGAUGAAGAUGAAGAUAAAAAGGAGAAGGAAAAAGAGCCAUGUGAAUUGGAACCUCAAAAACCAGAAAAAGAUUUACCUUCAAGUCAUCUUUUCAAGGGGGCCACGCGUGGAGGGAUGCUGGGAAGAAAGCAGGUGAUGAAAGUCCUCGGAGGCCGCAGGAGCAUGCUGCCCAGGAAGCAGGGCCCUGUGAGCGAUGCCACCCAGACAAAGGCCUGCCUCCAAGACCCGAAGCUGGCCAGGCACUCCGUAGGCCACUGUGGGUAUGUGGAGGCCUUGGGAGUCACUACAGAAAUGCCAGGUGGGGGGGCCUGUAAGCCUCACUCCAACUCAGAGGAGACAUAUGAUGACGUUGAGUACCCCGGGAGAGCGGGACCACAAUCAGACCUUUCUAACUCAUUUGCUUCUGAUAAUGAAGAAAAUAAUGAAGAAAUGUAUGAAGAGGUCUAUAAAACAAAGAGCAACUACCCAAAAAUAGAUUUAGAUGGAAAAGAAGCACUGAAAAGACUGCGGAAAUUCUUCAAGAAGGAAAAGGAUAGAUUUAAAAUGAAGAAAAACAAGUUGAAAGAAAACGUAAGUGCAUUUUCAAUUUCGCUGCCUGAUUUAGAACUUAGGUCUCAGGAAGCUAUUAUCUAUGAUAAUGUGGACAUAAGUGAAAAAGAGUCAAGAGAUGAAAAUAAACUAAAAACUUGGAAACCCAAGUUUUUGAUGGCAAAGGAAAAGAAAGAGAGAAAAGGUGCUGAAGAAUCAGAAAGAAAUUUCUUCCGAACCAAGAAGCAAAACUUAGAAAAGAUGAGGAUGGAAAAAGAAGAAAAACGUUUUAGAGAACAAUUUGAGUAUGACAAAGAGAUUACUGUCAUCAACACAGCAGUGGCAUGUUCCAGUAAUUCAAGGAAUGGAAUAUUCGAUUUGCCAAUAACCCCUGGAGAAGAACUGGAAGUCAUUGAUACCACUGAAGAAAAUCUAGUGAUUUGUCGCAAUUCCAAAGGCAAAUACGGAUAUGUACUGAUUGAACAUCUAGAUUUCAAGCAUCAAGGCUGGUCACCUUAGGAAGAUCAAGCUCCAGUGGCAGGGGCUGCACUAGUAAGGACUAGUCUGAGAGCUCAGACCUGCCUCACCUCAGGUUCAGUUGGCAUGUCAAAUGGGAUGGGGGAUCUGUGGAAACGGAGAAGAGAAAAACAAACCCUCCACAUUCAGAUGUUGGUUUUACUCCUAAAUGGUUAUCUUUCAAUGUCUACAUCAGUCUCUGUUUCACUGCUGACUCAAGAGAGUAUGAAACACUGUGUGUUAGCAUUUGAGCAUCUAUUUAGUGAGCCAUAGCCCAAGUUGGAAAUCACGCCUUAUGGCACCUAGGCAGCUGUGCAGAUGGUUAGUUUGCUGCUAAUAUUAGCACAUGAAUGUUUAUAAUUUCCAGAAGAUAUUGUGCAUUUAAAUUGGGUGCAAUUUACUUCUGAGAAGUAAAUAGUGUAACCAAAAUCUUUAAAAUACUCAGAUUUAAGGUAUAAUCUUAAAAUGUAAUUAUGGCUCAGUCUAUAAGUAUCCUUCUCCUUAAUCAAAAAUAUCAAUGCUGUUCAAUAUUGGCUCCUUUUGGGAACAGCAUGCUAAAUAGUAAUUUAUUCCAAAACGAAGAGCCUGAAUAUAUUUAACACAAUUUAAAUAAUAUACAUAUGCUCUCAAUUUAAAACAUCCUGUUGUCCAAAGUAAGAAAAAUAAUUCUAUGCCUGAACACCUAAGAAAAAUGAGAUGGAGCUGUAAAUAACUGCCUAGCCAGGAGAUACAUUCUAUGGGGGCAUACAGCUGUUUUUAAAAAUGUUGGCAUUUUCAACACUGAAAAACUGAA